ACGAACCAAUCCACGAAGAGAAACAAAAACGACCGUACAUUGGAACAGCGGAUAAGCUGUUAAUUGUUUGGCGCCCUCACGGAAUCCACCAAUGGAUCCAUUCACUGACUUCAAUCCUCCGCCUCCUCCUCCUGUCCCGAGGCACGUGCCACCCACUCGCCCCAACCCCAAUCCCAAAUCCAGCGAGGCAGAGAUUAAAGAUAGUGUAUCUGCUAGGAAAAUUCAAAAGGCGGACCGAGAAAAAUUGAGGAGGGAUAGAUUGAAUGAGCAUUUUGUUGAAUUGGGGAAUACCCUAGAUCCUGAUAGACCUAAAAAUGACAAAGCGACCAUUCUAGCUGACACAAUUCAGCUGCUGAAGGAUUUGACAUCUCAAGUUGACAAACUCAAGGCUGAGUAUGCUACACUGAGUGAAGAAUCUCUUGAGUUGACCCAAGAGAAAAAUGAUCUCAGAGAAGAGAAGGCAUCUCUUAAAUCGGAUAUUGAGAAUCUUAAUAUUCAGUGUCAGCAACGGCUCAGGGCUCCAUACCCAUGGCCUGCUAUGGAUCACUCAUUUAUGAUGGCCCCACCUUCAUAUCCCUUUCCCAUGCCAGUGCCAAUGCCUCCAGGGGCAAUUCCAUUGCAUUCAUCCAUACAGCCAUAUCCCUUUUUUGGAAAUCAGAAUCCUGCAGUCAUUCAUAACCCAUGUUCAACUUUUGUUCCAUGUAUGGCCCCUAAUACCUUGGUUGAUCAGCAGUCCGCCCAGCAUGUUUCUUCUCUUUCACAGCCUGCCAGUCGAUCCCAUGUUUCAGGCGAACAAGAUCUGAAGAAUAAACCUUCAGGGGAGUGCAAGAUUGAGAAAAGCGAAGGUUCUAAUGAUGUUACCACGGACCUUGAAUUGAAGACUCCAGGAUCUACAGCAGAUCAGGAUUUAUCUUCAGGACAAAGAAAGUCCAAAAAAUCCCAGAGGAAGGAAAGCAGUGUUACAGAAAGGAGUUCUUCAAGUAGGUGUUCUUCCUCUCACAGUGUACAGGAUAGCUCAUCCAACAGUGUUGUUGACAGCACAAAGCACGAUGAUUUAGACAAGUUAGAAUGAGCACAAGGAGAGUCAGUUUUGCAACUUUGACAGUGUCUCUAACGUGGCUGUGAUAUUCUUACUUGGACAUAUGCAUGCCUUUUGGCUUGGAAACCAAUGGAGUGCGCGGUGACUAGUUUCUCAGGCUCGGAGCUAAUGUUCCUAGCUUACUUGAUCACCGAUGCGCUGGUGUUUAUAAAAAGACAAAAGAGCAAUGGGAGAAAGGGCUGUCUGGGUUAGGGAGAAUUGUGAUGACAGUUUAAUAAUGGGUGAGGAUAAAGCACAGUACCAGGAAUGCUGCUAGCCUGCUAUCUGGUCUCAAGGUCUGACAAGAGACUUUAUGAAUAAAAAGACUGUGUUACCCUGACAAUGGGGCAACUACGGGCUAAUUCUUAAAAGAAAAAUAUCCAGUAGGCUUCAAGUUAGGAUACCUCGUGCAGAGAGCCUGAGGACCCCAGUCACCAUCAUCGAGUGCUGAAAUGGACUUUACUGUAUCCUCACUCGAUGUCGCUGAUACAGAUGUGUCUGUCUGUGGUUAAACUUGAGUAUUACUACCAUUCCCGAGGAGGAGAUUUGUUGUCAGUAUAAUUAAUUCUAAGAUUCGAAGCUUGGAAUCCCAGCUAGCCUUUCGAGAGAGGGAGGUCUCCUACUUGAACCAAAAUCUGAAUCCCAGCUAGCCUUCAAGUUAGAAUGAUUGUUGAUAUGCCUCAAGCCUCCACUGUAUAAAUCUAAUCCUUGCUAAAAACCAUUCCGGUUCCACCAUUGUCACUUUCCAAAUGCUAGCAGGAGCACCGUGUGUACCAGGUAGUGGUUGUGUAUUAUUGUCUAAUAUCUAUCUACUUAUCUUAAUUAACUUUAAUGUUGGAUAAGGAUACACACCGACCCGGUUAGAUCUUUUUGCCGAUGAUGCGCAACAGAGAAUACUUACACCGAGGGUACGGUGGAAAUGAAGCCUGGUCUAGUAUCUUCCAUCUUGAGAGUUGAAACCGGUGUUUGUUUUAAGAUACUGCUUUGUCGGUUUGGACUUUUUUGUCGAGGAAUUGCUUGAAGCAAAGACAAAAACAGGAGGCAAAUAGGAUCUCAUUGUCUCAACCGUCGCAACUGUUUUUCUUGGAUUUCUGCUGAAACUUCAACAAGGAUGGGGUCGCUUUCCCUUUUUUCUGCUAGCACGACUCUUCCUGUAUGCGGCAGAACCUUCUUGGACUCCACUGCUCCUCCCUGCUGCUACCUGAGAUUUUAGACACCAUGAUAUCUUAGCCUAGCUCACAGCACUCACUUUCUACCCUGAAUGACGAGGAAUUAUGGUUUAAUCUUUCAUGUUCCAGGGGAAGUAUGUCAUGUUCCCAAUUCCUCUAACCCUGCAACCAUGCUAUCGAAGAUUCCCCUUAACAUUAA